AUGCCGGUUGAAUUCACCGUAUUCAAGAGCUCGAAAGACGGAAGCAUCGUGCAAGGGAAAACUGAGCGCCCUGACCUGAAGGGCGAUGAUGUACUCAUUCGGAUUACGCACUCCGGCGUCUGUGGCACCGAUAUUCACUACUGGGGUACCGAUAUGGUGCUAGGUCACGAAGGGACCGGUGUUGUCGAAGCAACUGGCCCCGAUGCUCAUAUUUUGAAGAAAGGCGACCGAGUCGGUUGGGGAUAUCAGCAUGACUGCUGUGGUCACUGUCGCCAGUCCCUCACUGGCUGGGAGACCAUGUGUGCGGAACGCAAGAUGUAUGGCUUUGCAGACCUUGAUCAAGGGUCGUUCGGCACUCACGCUGUCUGGCGUGAAGCAUUCUUGUUCAAAGUUCCCGAGAACAUGAGCAACGAGGACGCUGCUCCCCUAAUGUGUGGUGGAUCGACGGUUUUCAACGCGCUCAACGUUGCCCAAGUCCGUCCUACAGCUCGAGUUGGCAUCCUUGGAUUGGGAGGUCUGGGCCAUCUGGCUAUUCAGUUUGCUGCAAAAAUGGGCUGCCAGGUGGUGGUCUUCUCGGGUACCGAUAGCAAGAAAGAAGAGGCAUUUAAGUUAGGCGCAAAGGAGUUCUAUGCGACCAAGGGCGCGAAGGAUCUGAAGUUGCAUCAACCCCUCGACAAUCUGAUUGAGACUACCAGCAGUCAACCAGACUGGGAGCUUUAUCUGAAGGUCAUGGCCCCAAACGGCGUGAUCUCGCCCCUCUCCGUCGAUGAAAACGACUUGAAGAUUCCGUACAUGCCUCUGCUGCUGAAUGGUCUCCGCAUUCAAGGAGGAAUCGUUUGUGCAAGACAGGUACAUCGUGAAAUGCUCGAAUUUGCCGCCAUUCACAAUAUUAAACCUGUCAAAAUGACUUUCCCAUUGACACUCGAGGGAGUCAAGGAAAGCCUCAAGACCUUGCAGGAAGGCAAGAUGCGGUACCGUGGUGUCCUUAUCGCGGAAAACUAA